AUGCUGGUCUUCGGCGGUCUCACCCACACCGAUGCUGCCGCAGCAUGUGCCGAUCCCUCCAGAUCUGAGGCCAUGGAGGUCUCUGGCGAUCUCUUCCAGUACCUAUUGGAGGACAACUCCUGGAGGAAGGUUGAUGCAAGUGGAGACACACCUCCUCCACAAGCUGGACACGUUGCGGUUUGGGACAUGGCGGAGCGCUCCAUGCUCGUUUUCGGAGGCACCGAGGUCUCCGAGAACACUUUGUGGAAGUAUGACCCAGAGGCCAACAUGUGGGAAGAGCUGCGCGCUGCAGGACCAGUGCCAGGCCGCAACCCCUCAUCGACACCAGGUACUGCAGCGGUAUGGGAUUCGGCAGAAGCCAAGAUGCUCUAUUCGGGAUAUCCGAGCAUGUGGGAGUACGACAAUGAGGCCAACUCGUUCAGUUUGAUUGGCGGCGGGCGGAUCAUGAAUGUCAGGCGACAUGGUCACGCCGCAGUUUGGAUUCCCGAAGCUCGCCACAUGCUUUGGUCUUUUGGACGAGACGCAGAUGCUUUGGACAUUCCUCCCACAUCGGAGAUCAUCAUAUACAAAAGGAUGCCGCAGGCGUGUCAGCUGGACUCCCCGAACGGAUGCCAGUGCUUGCGCGGAUUUGAGCACGUUGAGUCGGCGGAUUCCCCGAGCUGUGAGCCAUGUCAGCCUGGACGCUUCAAGAGCUCUGUGGGCAAUGGGACCUGUGAAUCUUGUCCUAUGGGGAUGGUGGCUUUUGGAAAAGCCAGCGUGGGCUGCAGUCCGUGCCAGCCAGGGUCAACAAAAUCAGCAAGCAACCACAGCUGCGAGAUGGUGACCGCCGAGGUGUGGAACUUGUGGAGAUGUGCCAGGAGAAAGGUUUGUGGGGUCACCUUGACUGGGGUCUCACAGUACCGGGAAGGCUACAAGUUACAGCUGUCUUCGGAUGCUUGCAAUGAGACUCAUGUUGCAGACGUUGCUGGAAUCUCGAACAGGGCAAUGUCAGACGUCAGUGAGAACAAAGGCACACAGUUCCGAUGGGGCGAGACGGUGCUAGACUUCGACGCUGUGCCUGGCUUCUACCACGUGUGCCUGUGCACCAACGUGGGGUGCAACCACCCCUGGGACUACAGUGUUGCGGUUGGUCAGCUGCUCGUGGUCGCUCCUCUUCUCAGCCAAGCCAAUGUGGUGUGGACCUGCGUGACCGGCCGCAAGUGCAGCUUGCAGGUCGAUGGCCUGGGCUUGGAACUUACAGACGUCGUGAACGUGCAGCUGAACCCAUGCGGUGGGGCAGCACCACAUUCUCAGCGAACGCAGAGCACCACCGUUCAAAGGCGUGAGGCUUUGGUUGAGGACAGUGUUGUUCGCCUGGAAAUGCAUGUGCCCAUUCUCUCUUUGCAGGCUGAAAGGUCCGACUACUACGUAUGCUGGUGUGCCAAGAGCUUCGACACUGCAUGCCAGGAUCCGCACGAGGGGCUGGAAGCAGGGCGCGUCAGGAUCGAGGGGCCCUUCACCCCUCUGCAGAUCGAAUGUGCUGUUGGCCAGAUCUGCACUUUCCCCGUCAUCGAAGGCUUGGCACUCGAGACUGGCGACCGCCUCAUGAUCUUGGAUGUCUGUGGCGGAGGUGAUCCCCUGCCUGGGUUUCCUGGAGAAGGGAUCCUUGAAACCGAUGGCCUCGGCGGGGGCUCUGAAGAGGUCUUCGACUUCGUGGAAAGUGGCUCAGAUUUGGUGAGGGCCCGGCCCGGCCUCUACCGCCUUUGCUUCUGCCGUCCGGUCCUCGACUUGGACAACUGCACGGCCUCUCAGCACUUCCUCCAGGCCGUUGGCUAUCUGGCUCUGGCUGGGCCCUUGCCAAAGGUCACGACCUGCGAGCUGGGUGAUGGCUGCACUGUGGAGUUUGUGGGCUCCAACCUAGCGAUUGGUGACCUAGUGACGGUCACUUCAGGCGACUGCGGCCUGGGCCCGUCGUCCAUGGUGCUCCUGGGCUUCCCUUCAUGGGCCGCCGUGAGCCUCACGAAGAGCGGCGCACAGUUUCAGGUUGAACUGGGCAUCCCACCAUUGGAUGGCACACCUGGAUCCUACCAGUUGUGCUGGUGUUCUGCCGGAGCCAGCUGUUCAAUGCCGGAUGCCUUCGUCGCAGCCGGAGAGUUGCAGCUCGCAUGCCCAGCCGGCCGGUACAGCAUGGGUCAAUCGACAGGUCAGAAAUGCCGACCGUGCACACGAGGCUACCACUGCGCGGGCGGGCGCGUGGAUGUUGCGGUGCGCAUAGCAUGCCCGGCGCACCACACAACGCAAGCAGCGGGCGCCGCAACACAAGCAGCCUGCUUGUGCGCGAGCGGGUAUCGCCUUGGCGACGAUCAGCAGUGCGUGAGCUGCGACAUUGGCUUCUACAAGGAGGAUGUCAGCAGUGUGACGACCUGCUCGCCCUGCCCAGAAGGUUUGACGACCUUCAUGCGCGGUUCCGUGUCCAACUCCUCUUGCGUUGAACGGAGCGAGUCCGACGGGCUGAACACUUCCCUUGUGGCAACGGCGGAGGAUUCGAGCAACGAGUCCACGGUGCCGGCCAUUGUCCUUCGCAUCGAGCUGGCCAACCUUGCUGUAGGGGCGAACGAGUCCUUGCCCGAACUGCAGGCGCUGCUUCUCGACUCCAUCUACGCUGUCAUUGGAGGCAGUCAGGAGGCACUCACCAUCGAGUUCCUCCCCACAACAGCGCGGCGCUUGACUGGCAACAUGCAACUGGCAGUCACCAUCAAGCAUCGCACGUUGGACGAAGCAAGGCUAACGCUGACAGACUUGGAUGUCAGCGCGGUCUCUGAUGAAAUCGCGGCCUCCGCGGAGGACCACCCGAUUUUUUCUUCGAUGACGACUGGGCUGUCCGCGCCUGUGCUGUCAGAGGCCACUAUCCACUGCUCCAGGUACCGCUCCGUGCCCCCAGGCGUUCCAGUCCUCACAGCUGGCGACUGCCAGUGCAGCCCUGGCUACGGCUUCGACUCAGCUGCCAGCACUUGUGAGCCAUGCGCGCAAGGGGACUACAAGGCGACUGUUGGCAACGCUCUAUGCACGAAGUGCCCGCAGUGGACAUCCACAGCCCAGCCCGGCGCAAACACCAGGAGCCUGUGCCAGUGUGAGCCUGGCCUCUACCCGGGCACGGAUGGCUGUCUCGAAUGCCCCAGCAACAACUAUUGCCCGGGCAGCAGCGUGAUUCUACCUUGCCCGAACAACUCCGUCACCACUGGCGGCGGAGCCAGCGGCAUGGAAGACUGCAUCUGCGUGGCAGGGUUUACCCGGUUUGGAGCCCGAGUGAACGAAGGGCAGCAUUGCAUCCCGUGCCCGCGUGCAAAAUUCAAGCCCAACGCUGGAAACGAGGAGUGCACUUUGCCUUGUCCUCAAAAUGCAGACAGCCAGGAAGGAGCGGUGACUGUGCAAGAUUGUUUCUGCACUGCUGAUCAUCAUGCGAGGUUGAGCACAGUGAACGGCACGGAGGAGCUGGCAGCAUGCGACAGCUGCAACUACCGCGGCUUGAUCUGUUUCGGGGGCCUUGCGAAUGGGGAACAUCGCCAGCCUGUUGCCGAGCCUGGCUUCUUCCAGACCGGGCAGACACUUGCGGUGAGGUGUGAGGUCGUUUCUUUGGACGGCGCGUCUGUCUGCUUGGGAGGAAACGAGUGUGUGAUCGGCUCUUCCGGGAUUCUUUGCGGUGCAUGCCCAGCUAGCUACUCCCGGAACAAGUAUCCCGAUGCCUGUUCACCUUGCGACGCAGCAGCUGAUUGGACUCCCCUCGUGAUUUUACUCGACAUCACCCAGAACAUCUUCGUGAACUUCGUGGUGGCCUCCUUGGCGGCCAUGGCCGCAGUGAGGGACAGCCGAAGCCUUCAUACGAGCAUGAUUCGAAUUGGGACCCAGUUCAUGACGGCGUGCUCGGUACUUUCACAUUACGACAUCAACCAGCUGCAGGUCUUCGAAUGGAGCCUUGAGAGAAAGAUCAAGGAGUGCUCUCAGGCGAACGACCCCUGUGACGACCUCGCGAGCAUGAACUACCCCUGGCCACCUGAGGCCACUGAGUGGCUCCGACAGGUUCUGAGCAUCCUCGACGUCGCCUCGAAGCUGUCUGCCGUGAGCUUCACGCUCUCCUGCUGGGCCGAGCGGAUGUCCUUGGAUUCCAAGUGGGCCAAGCAUGAGGUCCCGGGGGUGUAUUUCCUGGUCCUACCAGCAGCUGGGAUUUUGUGCACCUACCUGCUUUGCGCUGUCAUGGCUUACGUGGUCAUCCCACUUCUGCGCAGGGCCGGCAUCGAGAUCACGGAGGCAGCACAGAAGCGCAAGAAACGAGUGGCGGCCCUUGAAGUACUGGGAGACGUGCUAACCCCGCAUUUGCAAGGAAUGAGCCUCACUUUCGAGGAGCUCAGGGCAUCCACGGUCCUUAACGAGCUCACACUGCCCGAGAUCUAUCUAGGCAUCGAUGCUCCUGAGGAACUGCUGGCAGACUUGGACAGUCGACUUGCCCUGGUGCGCAUCAAGAAAGCUCUCACUGCUGCCAAAAAACAUCCAAAGUUUGUCUCCGCGCUGGAAGCUGUCGAUUUGGAUGCUGUUGAGAGGUUGCGCCUGUUGUCUGUGGGCUUGGAUGAAAGCAGCCUGCGGCGUUUGCAGAGCUUCGCGGUCACUUCAGGUGAGGGCGAGGACGUGAUGGAUCUGGUUGUUCGCCGGGCUCUGGCACACUGUCUCAUCAAGUCUUCUGUUCCCCAGGAAGCGCCGCUGCCUCCACAGAAGCUGGAGAAGUUAGCCCUGCAGGUUUCUCAGCAAUAUUCUACUGUCGCUGACAUGCAGAAUGCUUCCACAGAUUCCAUCGUCACCGGGAGUGACUUUGCAUCGUUGCUCAAGGACCAGGCAUCAAAGAUCAUGGCUGAACCAGAUGCUGAGAAGCACCCAGCUGAAGUUGAGAUGACAGGUUCCUCCGAGGCAGACCUUGAUAGCUUGGACUUUGGCCUCUUCACGCAACGGCCCUCUCCGACGCAGUUGCUGGGCCAGUCCAUGCCGGUGGUUUGGGUACUGUUGAUCAAUAUGUGGCCUGGCUUGCUGUCGCAGUAUCUCCAGAUGAUUUGGUGCCAACCAGUUCAGGAGGAGACAGGUGUUGUCCAGCGGCUCCUUCCAAAUCCUGACGUGCAGUGCUGGAGCAGUGAUCACAUGUCCAUUGCGGCCAUUGCGAUCGCCGGGCUCAGUUUCUGGUGUGUCGGCAUGCCACUUUUGCUCAUCUAUGUCAUCGGUAUGCUGAAGGACAGGAACAGCCCAGAAAACCAGCGCAGAUUCGGCUACUUCAUCAAUGGCUUUGAGCCUCGCUACUGGUGGUACGAUCUUGUGGUGAGGCGCUUGGAUAUCGCCUUCAUGAUGCUGGUCACAUACACGUCCCUAACCGACGAUCAGAGAGCCAAGUUGCUGACCUACCCAGUCAUAUCCGGCGCACAGAUGGCUAUCUGUGCAUGGGUCCAGCCCUUCCAGAACAGCCAGGCGCAGAUCUUGGAUUUCUUCGAGAUCGGUUUGGCCAUCUUCCGCUUUUUGGUGUUCAGCACCGUCUCCGUCAUUCUGAUCCUGGCUCCAUCACAGGAGGUCACCUGGGUCUUGGGAGGUUGCCUUGCAAUGCUCUUCACCAUUCUUACUGCGUACCUCGUCUUGCACAUUUUUGCUCAGUUCCUCCGAGACACUGCACAACAACUCGAUGAGGCUGAGGAGAUUGAGACGAAGAUGAGACGGGGGUCCUCGCAUGUUGCCCCGCCACUAUGGUCAAGGAUCGUGGGGAAGGUCAAGAGGUUUGCUUUGCAAUAUGCGGCGCCACUGUUUCAGGAGCCGACGGUUGAGCAGUAUGCCCUAGAGUGGUGCUUUGGCUCCAGCAGCAUUCUCUUCGAGUCCGAGGCACCGCUGAAGUCCAGGGCACUCCUCGCCAGAAUCCGGCGAUGGGUCCUGCGCUUCGGCCGUUCCUACCAAUGUCGGUCGACUGGCAAGGCUCUUGACGACUUCACUUUGCUAUGGCUGCAAGAGCUGAAGCAGUCCGCUCUGCCCAAGGAUGCCAUGGAGGUGAUUUGCGUGCUGACUUCGGCGCACAAGUCGGUCCCCUUCAAGACCCCGAAGUCUGACGUACCCUCCCUCUGGAAGAGCCGCAUCCAGAAGCUUGUGGCUUCUUCGGAGACAGCCAAGUUCCGCUUCACGCCAGAUGACAUGAUCACCACCAUCCAGCGCCUCGGAUCCCUCCGCGCAAAAGACGCUGUGGACGUCGUCCACGCGGCGACCCUCCAGAAUGUCCAGAUGCCCCAAGAAAAGACAGAAAGCUUCGAACUGGUCAAGUGGGACAACCACUGGGACAUUCAAGAGAACGAGCAUGCCAUCUGCAUUUGA